GACAGCAGUAACACAGUGUAGGUGUCUGGCUGUCACCCAGGGGCCCUGUGUCAACAGCAAAGGGAAGAAGAAGAGACGCAGAGGAGGAAACCAGAGAGUAACACUGCUGCAGAAAAUGGAUCUGCGGUCGGAGCUACUCAAGUCUAUCUGGUACGGCUUCACAGCCCUGGAUCUGGAGAAGAGCGGUAAGGUGUCCAAGUCUCAGCUUAAGGUAUUGUCCCACAACCUGUGCACAGUCCUGUGUAUCCCACAUGACCCAGUUGCUUUGGAGGAGCACUUCAGGGAUGAUGAUGAUGGUCCAGUUUCCAGUCAGGGUUAUAUGCCUUAUCUCAACAAAUACAUUCUGGAUAAGGUUGUGGAAGGCUCUUUUAAUAAGGAAAGCGUAGAUGAGCUCUGUUGGACUCUUACUGCAAAGAAAAACUACCAGACGGUCAAAGACAGCGACACUGUUCUACCAGAGAGGGAUGCUUUUCGUCUUUGGUGUCUUUUUAAUUUUCUGUCUGAGGACAAAUACCCCCUGGUUAUGGUUCCUGAUGAGGUGGAGUACCUCCUCAAGAAAAUGUGCAUGGCCAUGAGUAUCGAGUUCAACUGUGUUGAAUUAGAGGACUUCUUCUCCCAAGACUCCGUGCAGCAGAGUGGCAUUACUGUUUGGGUUUUUCUGGCGAUGAUGAACUCUGGAAAGACAACCAGAGGAAUUGAUAAGAGCAUAAUCAGCAUGGCAAUAGAGGAAGUAUACAGGGAGAUAGUCGGUGAUGUCCUCAAAGAGGGUUAUUUGUGGAAAAAAGGCCAGCUGAGGAGAAACUGGAAGGAACGCUGGUUCACCUUAAGGCCGAGCAACUUGUCCUACUACACUGGGGAGGACCGUAAGGACUGCCAGGGAAACAUAGCUUUGGAUGGGAACUGCUGUGUGGAGGAAGUAGACGAUGAGCAAAUAUUGUUUGGUCGUUCAAAAUGGAUCAAAAACCUCCUUUUCCCAGUGCUGCCAGACCGAGAUGGGAAGAGGUGCAUGUUUUGUCUUAAAACUCUCUCCAAGUCUUAUGAGAUGAGCGCAUCAGACACCAAACAGAGACAGGAGUGGACUGCAGCCAUUCAAACAGCCAUCAGGCUGCAUGUGGAGGGGAAAAAGUCCCUCCACAAAGACCUGAAGCUGAAGCGGCGCGAACAGCGUGAGCAGCGGGAGAAGAGACUGCAGGCCAAGGAGGAGGAGCUGCAAAGGUUGCGGGCCCUGCAGGAGGAACGGGAGCGUAAGCUGGCCGAGCUCGAGCUCCUAAAGGAGGCGCAAAAGCAGGCUCAGGCCCUCCUGGAGCAGGACGAGCAGAGGAGGCGCCAGCAGCAUGAGCAGCUCCAUCAGGCCCUGCAGGUCCAGCUGCGAGAGGCGGAGGAGGCCCGGGUCAGUAUGCAGGCAGAAAUGGUUCUGAAAGAGGAGGAAGCAGAGAAGCAGAGGAAGAGAAUCCAGGAGCUGGAGGAGAUGCAGAAGCGCUUGGAGGAGGCGUUGCAGCAGGAGAUCAAAGCCAGGCUGGACGAGGAGUCCUUCCGCUAUGCUCAAACAGGGUUACUGGCUGAGGAGGAGGAGAAAAUGAAGGCACUGAUGACCCUGCAGGAGGACCAGGAGGAGUACAUCCUGAAGACGCAGAGGGAGAAGCAGGAGCUCAGGCAGGAAAUGGAGGCAAAGUCUCGAGCCCUGGAGGAGGCGCAGAGGCAGCUGGAGGAGGUCCGCGCCAACCGGCACAGGGUUGACCAGGACGUAGUGGCUGCGCAGAGGAAACUGCGCCAGGCGAGCACUAACGUCAAGCACUGGAACGUCCAGAUGAACAGACUGAUGCGACCUAUCGGACCAGGCGAGAAGAGACCGUCGUUAGGGAGCUCUUUCUCAGCCUUCCAGAUCCCGACGCAGAGAGAUCCUGGGCUGCGUCUCAGAAGGAGAUCUGGAUCAGAGGAUCAGGACGAGGAGAGCAAAGAAAAUGUUGACAACCGAGCCGGGUGUGAUUUAGAAAAGCGCCGCUCCCAUGCCUCUAACGGAGACAUGGACAUCCCCUGAAAACAUGAAUCAGAGAGGCUGCCCAGCUCACAUCUGGUCUCACUGUGAGGUUUUCUGACAGGAAGGGCUAGAGCAGGCUGUCGAAUAUGUGAACAAUAUGGGAAAACAGUGGGACAUCUACACUUAAAACAGAAUUUACGGUACUACCAUUAAAUGUUGAAUCUACUGACCUCAAUUCACAGACAAACACAGCUAAAGUGAGAAGAUGCGUUUGCAAUAUUCACUGCUGAACUAACGCUUUGACGCAACCUGUGUGAGGCCUGCUCGGAAAAUACACGAUACCUCAGUACGAAGAAGAGGGGUAGUUGAUGUUUAAUUACUAAUACAUACAUAAUGGUAGCGCAUUUGUUUAGCCCGGUAAUAUUGAGAGUAAACUUUUGGGGGGUUUAUUGAGGCGAGGUUUCCUGAUAUUUGUGAAAAGUUCGUCAACAAGUAUGAGUUUCAGUCUAUAAGAGUAUCACACCUCGCAAACAGGAAAGAGAAAGAGAGAAGGGGGGAAGAGAGAGACUCUGUUUGAGCUUCCUGUUUCUACUGUCAUUUAACAUAACUGUAAAUAAAAGAGUGAAUUAAUACCAUGA